GAUCGUCGAGCUUCUUUGAUCGGCGACUUUUUUUUUUUCUCUCAUCAUCAUCUUCGUUUGAAUUAUCCGGCCUCGUCUCGCCGCAAGGAAAGAUGCUCGCUUGACGAAGAACCUUUAACGAUCUUUGCCUAAUUGUUCAACAAGUAAGAGAAGGAUGUCGACUCCAGCGAGGAAGAGAUUGAUGAGGGAUUUCAAGAGGUUGCAGCACGACCCACCUGCAGGGAUUAGUGGUGCUCCUCAAGACAACAAUAUCAUGUUGUGGAAUGCUGUUAUCUUUGGGCCUGAGGAUACCCCUUGGGAUGGAGGUACUUUCAAGCUCUCACUCCAGUUUUCGGAAGAUUAUCCAAAUAAACCACCGACAGUCCGGUUUGUUUCACGGAUGUUCCAUCCAAACAUUUAUGCUGAUGGGAGUAUAUGCUUGGACAUUCUUCAGAACCAAUGGAGUCCAAUAUACGAUGUCGCUGCUAUCCUAACCUCCAUUCAGUCGUUGCUCUGUGAUCCUAAUCCGAAUUCUCCUGCAAAUUCGGAAGCUGCACGAAUGUUCAGUGAAAGCAAGCGCGAGUACAACAGAAGAGUCCGUGAGGUUGUCGAACAAAGCUGGACCGCCGACUAGUAAUUAUAUUGUUGUAGCAUUUGUCUUCACAUAACAUUAAACCUCCUCUCUUGUAUUUGAUUCGACAAUCACUUCUCUGAGAGAAGUUCUCUCUCCCUCCCACUCGCUUUUAUGUCUGUGUGUUUGCCAAACUCUGUGAUUUGUUGCUUUGUGUUUCUUUGUAUUUUCGUAAUCACAUUCAUCUUCAUAAUUAUAAUAUGUAUUGCAAUUCGAUCA